GCGGUUUCCGAGUUAUUACAGUGUUAACAGUGUUUGUGUGCAUACCUAGUGAAGUGAAAAAAAUUAAAGUGAAAAAUGGCUCGUACUAAGCAAACUGCCCGUAAAUCGACUGGUGGCAAGGCUCCUCGUAAGCAAUUGGCCACUAAAGCCGCUCGUAAGAGCGCACCAGCCACCGGCGGUGUUAAGAAGCCUCAUCGUUUCCGUCCCGGUACAGUCGCUUUGCGUGAAAUCCGUCGUUACCAGAAGAGUACUGAAUUGUUGAUCCGCAAAUUGCCCUUCCAGCGUUUGGUUCGUGAAAUUGCUCAAGAUUUCAAAACUGAUUUGCGUUUCCAGAGCUCUGCUGUUAUGGCCUUGCAAGAAGCCAGUGAAGCCUACUUGGUCGGUCUUUUCGAAGAUACUAACUUGUGCGCCAUCCAUGCUAAGCGUGUCACCAUCAUGCCUAAAGAUAUCCAAUUGGCCAGACGUAUUCGUGGAGAACGUGCUUAAAUUCUUGACGUUUUAAAAACUCAUUUUUUUACAACAAAACAAUCGGUCCUUUUCAGGACCACAAAA